AUGGCUCUCCAGAUUCCCCGUGCCGGCCUCCAGCUGGAGGAGGACUUCACGGGCAACUUUGAUCACCUGCCCACGCAGUCCUUCAUUCUGGACCUGAGUGACGAUGUCGUCGACGGCAUGAUCGAGUCCGUCAACCAGGGCAACGAGAUCCGCCUGUCCCUGGGCAACAAGCCGACGUUCCUGUACGGCAACUCCAGUUACCACAUUGAGCCGACGUUUGAAGAUGAGACCGACGACAUAGAACUGUUCCUCGAGUCCGCCGACACACCGGCCAAAGCCGAGCGCCUUCCCCAGCUCGCCAUGUCCCUCUUCCGCAAACCAGAGCUUGGCAACCCAUGGGCACACUACCGCAACAGCUCGUCCGAGGACGAGGACGACGACUACUAUGAGCUGGGCUCGUCGCCCGAGCCAGAAGACGCCGAACAAGAUUCGUACGAUGCUCUGAACUCGGACAUCGCACUGCUCCGCGACUCCUUAGCACAACGAGAGGCUGAGAAACACGAAAAAUCCCCAGCUCUCAGCGCUGCUGGCUCCCCGUCUCUUGUUCCCACCGACGCUGCAUCACAACAAGCUGCCGAGAGGACAAAACAAGCCCGGUCACCCAUUAUCCACGAGCUGGCUUUCAAGGAGCAGCCAUAUGACAUGCUGUGGCAGAAGUACCCAGGAUCAUCUGAGGCCGACUUCAAAAAUGCCUUGGACAAGGUCGCCGAUCUGGACGAGGAGACGCAGAACUACAUUCUUCGCAAGAAGUACUGGAAGGAACUGGAUGUCUGGCGGCACGACUAUGCCAGCGAUGAGGAGCGGCAACAGGCCAUCGACAACGCUAUCCGCCAGUUCGACAAGAUGCGGCUAUCCACGACCGAACCCGAAUGGGAGCGGCUGCUUCCUCGCGAAGAAAGGGGCCAGGGCCGCAUCCUGAGCAAGGUGCAAGUCUCCAUCGCCAAGGGUCCGUCGGCACCCAAGAUCCGUGUGCAAAAAGCCGACGAUUCUGCCGGCGAAUCCGGGCACACCAACCACGAAUCCGGCGAGAGCGGCAACGGCAGUGGUAGCAACCGCACAGACGAGGAGGGUGUCGAUUCCGAGGUCACUCUCUCGCCAUCCCGUCACACGACCACAGCUGCUGCUGGAGGCAAGAAGAAGACGUCGGCACGUGAGGCCCAGGAGAAGCGGCUGCUGUCGACCAACAAGAAGAAGAGCCCACCGACGUCCGCCCCAGCACGGUCAACAUCGCCUCACGCGACGACGACGACAUCGACCAAAGCAUCACCCGCAAAGUCGGCCGCAGCGCGUGCCAAGGCCAACGAAAGUACGGGCAAGUUCAAAUCCAAGGAGUUUGUGUCCGAGUCGGAUACGUCGGACUCGGAGUCGGAAUCUGCGCCCCUCGCAUCGACGGUUCACCAAAACCACCACCACCAGUCGAAGCUCGGUGGUACGACAAGCAGCAGCAAACCUUUGGCACCUGCAUCGGCCAAGGCUGCGUCGACCAAGGCCGCCUCGUCCACACCACCCGUCUCUAGGGAACGGGCAUCCUCUGCAACGACUGCUCCUGUGCGCAAGACGAAGCCUUCGCCUGUCAAGGAGCCCGCAAAGACACUGCUUCCACCGAAGCCACCAUUAAAGAAGCGUGCUCGCGACUACGACGAUGACGAUAGCAGCAGCUCCUCGAGUUCUGGCACGCCUCUCAGCAAGCGCAUCAAGCCCCUCAAGUCGGCACCCAAGGCUUCGUCUCUACGGGAUGCACGAGACGCGCGUGAUGCUCGUGAUGCUCGUGAUGCUCGUGACGGUCGGGAGGCACGGGCAAAGCCUCGACUGUCGGCACAGCCAGCUGCGCGCAACUCAAAUGCUAGCCCCAACGGAAGCAGCAGUAGCAGCAGCAGUGGCGGUGGCGGCGGUGGCGGUAGCAAUGGCAACAACAGAGACGGCAGCAGCAACUCCACAUCGAGCAAGGCCAAGAACACGUCGCCGGUCAAGUCGUCUCCGCUGGCAUCAUCGCCUCCUACGAAUGCCUCUGAGCUAGACCUCUCAUCCGAAGACAGUGUACCACCUAUUGGUACCACCAACACCAUGCGGAAGCGCAAGAUGGCCGACGACCACCGCAGCAGUCUCCUGACGACGGAGGCUUCACCGAACAGCGGCAAAGUCAAGAAGCGGCGGAACCUGCCUGACGACCUGGUCGAUAAGGCUCUGCGGUUCAAGGUGUACUACGAAAAGUAUGAGGCCCUGUACCGUGACAUUUCCGAUCGCCGUAACCCACCCAAGGACAGUGUUGCCGAGCUUCUCAAGAUGCACGCGCGCUUGCAAGAAAUGAAGAACGACAUACACAACGAGGCAAUGAUGCGCGCUUGA